GUCGGCAUCUGGGCCGAGCCGUCUCCACCGCAAAAGCCGGACACAUCAGGCGUCCCGUCCUUCGGAUUGCAACCAUAAACAAAGGAUCUUAUGGCGCUUAGCCAGCGGAUGUUAACAGAAUCUCGAGACUUCAUUCACUGUUGCCAACGACGUGGCACGAUGCGCCGUACAUAGCACGCUUGACCUGGUGGCCCCUUGACCUUCCUGAGACUGAGAGAAGCAAUCAAGCCGAGAAGGCAAUCGCCGGAUUGAUGAAUCGCAUGCUUGCAAAGGAUCACCCUCCCUCUCCAGUUGAUGGUGGAGUGCUAAACAUCCACUACUAGCACUUUCCUAGCACAACCCAUCUCGCGCAGUGGGUUUAUGUACAUGCCAGGCAGUCCAUUCCUGAUCGCCGACCAAUUCCAUGUCAGACACUGUGCCCCUAGGUAAACGUUAAUGAAGCAAGAAGGGCCGAUGAUGAUUCUAGGCGCGAUGCUUGGCCUGGCUCCGGAAAGCUCAGCCCUGGCAUCGGGUGGUUGUGCUCUGGGUGUCGUCUCCCACCGUUGGGAAACAGUAUUGCUUGCGGGAAAGAGAGAGAGACAGCAAGAGGAAGCCGAUCGCGAACGCUUGGCCUUGCCCAAACGGGAACAUUUCUCUGGAAUCGACCAAUCAGGCCCGCCCAAGCUUGUCGUCCCUUGUCGAUCCGCGCGCAUUAGUCGCGCCGAUUCAAACGCGUAACCAGAUGCUAUCUCGAGGCUAUGUAUUUAAGACGUCGCGAAAAUCUCAGGGGUCUUUCUUUCUUUCUUUCUUUCUUUCUUUCUCUUUGCUCUU